AUGGGUUGGUUCUGGGCUGACGCUACAACCAUCCACACACCACUCGCCGCCCCUUCGGCGCAGAAGCCAUCCUCUUGCCCGGUGCCCCAUCAACAACGUGGAGAUGCAGCACCACCACCGAGCUGUCCCAUGCACAACAAGACUGUCAGCGUCCUAGGCUCUGCAGCACCUUCGCCUCCUCCAACACCUCCGCCGUCAUCAUGCCCCGUCCCACACGACCAGUCGCCGACCGGCAAAUCCGAUGAUGCCUCGUUUCUCUCCAAGAUUAACCCUCUCAAUUACAUGUUCCGCGAACUGUCCCAAGCACCCGCACCAAACCAGACACACGCCCUACCAGUCGAACGCGAUCCAAGCUCCAUCCCCAAGGGCACCGGCGACGGCAACUGGGAGUACCCGUCGCCGCAGCAGAUGUACAACGCUCUGCUGCGCAAGGGCUAUACGGACACGGACGUGACGGCCGUGGAGAGCAUGGUGGCCGUGCACAACUUCCUGAACGAGGGCGCCUGGGCCGAGGUCGUCGAGUGGGAGAAGCGUUUCGGCGGCGGCCUGUCGCGGGCCUGGGAGAUCUGCAGGCGCGGCGAGGAGAACGCCCAGGAGACGCAGCGCGUCCUCGACUGGAAGAACAACGUGGAGCCCAUAAACCCCACCCUCAUCCGCUUCCAGGGCCGUCCCAAGGAAAUGACGCCCAAGGCGGCCAUGUUCCAGGUCAUGGGCUGGUUGUAUCCAGCUAAGUUUGCUACCGAGCCUCCGUUCGACCGCCACGACUGGUACGUCGCUCGAAACGUUGACGGCAAGGAGAAGCAGGUGCGCUACGUUAUCGACUACUACAGCGGUCCUCCAGAGCCAACCGGCGAGCCUGUGUUCUACCUCGAUGUUCGGCCCGCCCUAACUCCUACCGGCGCCGUUGAGCGGAUGAUGAGGUGGGGCGGCGACGUCUGGUGGAGGGCUUCAGGCGGGGCGGUCCGCGAGGCCGACCGAAGGUCUCAACAGUAG